AUGGCGGCUGAGGGAAGAAGCGGUCUAUUUCCUCGCCUCUAUGCCAGCAACCCUUCCACGCAAAAUGUGGUAGCCGGGUUCGAUGUCGCCUUUUCCUCCGGCGUCUUUGCCUCGCUCACCCUUCUCGGAGCAGGCGGCGGCCGGCCGGAGUCAGCACCCGUUAUACAGACCGCCAAUGCCAUUUUGUCCUCGGUAUGA